AUGAAUGGGAAAUUUACCACCAUUGUGGAAUCACGGCGCAAGAUUACGGUGACAACCAUAAAUGUUACAAAAGCAAACGGUGGUUGUCUUUUGAGUGGGUCAACUGCAGAAGAGCUAGGACUAAUUAGCUUACAUUUGAAUGCGGUACAAAUAACAAAAUCAUCCCAAACACCACCGACGUUUACAUCAAUUAAAGAUAAUGGAGUACAACGUGUUGUCCAGAAGUAUCCAAAUGUUUUUUGUGGCCUCGGGAAAUUACGACAUCAAACAGUCGAACUGCUUGUUGACAAAGAUGUAAAACCAGUUACUCAGCGUCAACGUCGCAUUCCAUUCCACCUGAGAUCUAAAGUCGAUGCGGAGUUAAGUCGGUUACGGGAUGAGGACAUCAUUGAACGCGUACCAGAUACAGAAGCAACCGAAUGGAUAUCUCCAAUCGUCAUCGUGCCAAAAAAAGACGACAAUAUUCUCCUAUGUAUUGAUAUGCGCGCGGCAAACACCGCUAUUAAACGAAUUCGACACCCCAUACCAACGGUGCAUGACAUUUCGCAUGAAUUAAAUGGUGCUAAAUUCUUCACAAAAUUAGACCUUACACAGGCAAAUCACCAACUUGAGUUAGCCCCUGAAAGCCGUCAUAUCAGAACAUUCAUCACACACGCGGGGUUGUUUCGUUUUAAGCGUUUAAACUACGGCACAAAUUCGGCCGCAGAAAUCUUUCAACAUGCACUGCAACAUGUUUUUGAUGACAUCCCAGGAGUCCGCAACAUUGCCGAUGACAUUUUAGUUUUUGGAUCGUCUUACAAAGCACAUAACAAAGCCUUGGAUGGGUGUCUACAUCGCAUGGUUUGA